UGCUGCUCCAACACAACCCCGAGCUUCGCCAGCCGAAGACGCACUCCUCACGCACCCGGGCUCUCCAGGGCUUCCAGAUGUGUCCUUCUGAGCCUGCUGAGCGUCCAUCGCCCCCACAAACGCACGGCCCUCCCGUCGUCGCUCACAGCCCCUGGACCCUCACAGCCCCGGGCUCCCCAAACUCCCCCUCCCGGCUUCCCCCAGGACCCCCGAGUCCGGACGCGUCCUGGUGGCUCUCGCCGCCCCCUACCCUGGCCAGGCUACCUCUGCCCCUUUCUUCCUCGGAGGGUGCCGCUUACCUCUCCCCUCGCAGUCUCCUAGCUCUGACCCCCGAAGAUCACCCCUCAUCCUCCGGUCUCCGGACCCCCUAGCCUCGCCCCUCUCCGCCCAGGCCUUCAUUGCCCUCCUGUGCAGUCCCCUGAUCCCGCCCCCCUCCGUCUUCGCAGCUUCCCGAACCCCUCCCCAGCCUCUCCCCGCCCCGGCCGCCCUGGGCCUCAUUGGCCCUUCCGUCUCCCCAGUAACCGGACCACAACAGUGAGCUGGGAGCACCAGGUUCUCUGCCAGGAGCCCCACCCUCUUUAGCCAAGAUGCCUUUGGGACACUCGGCGGGGAGCAACCGCUCUGAGGACGGCAGCGAGGCCCUGCCGGAGGGCAUGGUGGACUGGGAGCUGAGCCGCCUGCAGAGACAGUGCAAGGUGAUGCAGGGAGAGCGACGCACCUACAACAAGGAGGUUCAGCAGCGCCUCAACAAGCAGCUCGAUGAGAUCCGGAACUUGGAGGGGCUCCGGGCCGAGCUGCAGGCGCAGAUCAGCGUGGCGCAGAGCCAGGUGAAGCGGCUGCAGGACAGCGAGCGGCUGGAGACCAUGGAGCGCCUGCUCAAGUGCCGGGCCCGGGUGCAGGCCGAGGUGAAGGAGCUGCAGGAGCAGACCAGGGCCCUGGACAAGGAGAUCCAGGAGUGGGAGACCCGUAUUCUGACCCAGAGCAAGGACGCUGCGGGCACAGGCUUCAUCCUGGACCAGAAGGUCAAGAUGCGGCGGAGGAUCAAGGUCCUGGAGAACCAGCUGGACAGGGUCACCUGUCACUUUGACGUCCAGCUGGUGCGGAACGCGACACUGCGGGAGGAGCUGGACCUGCUGCGCAUCGAGAGGAACCGCUACCUAGACGUGGACCGCCGACUGAGGAAGGAGAUGUGCUUGUUGCAGCACACUGUCAGCACGCUCAUCCUCUCCUCCACCUCGGCCUACGCCGUCAGGGAGGAAGCCAAGGUCAAGAUGGGCCUGCUGCGGGAGCGCGCCGACAAGGAGGUGGCGCAGAAUGAGACGGAGGCGCAGGCCCUGCGGCGGCAGAUCGCGCACCUGCAGCGCCUGCACCGCUUCCUCAAGCUCAAGAACGAUGACCGGCAGCCGGACCCCGCCAUCAUGGAGAAGCGCGAGAAACGGGCCCGGGAGGUGGCCGAGGGCCUCCGCAAGACUUCCCAAGAGAAGCUGGUGUUGCGCUACGAGGACGCCCUGAGCAAGCUGGCCCAGCUGACCGGGGAGAGCGAUCCCGACCUGCUGGUGCAGAAGUACCUGGAGAUGGAGGAGCACAACUUCGCUGAGUUCAACUUUAUCAACGAGCAGAACUGGGAGCUGCAGCGCCUGCAAGAGGAGAUCCACGAGAUGCAGGAGGCCCUGGUGACAGCGCGGGUCAGCGAGGCGGAGCGGCAGUCGCAGCAGGAGCAGGAGCGCCAGGAGCUGCAGCAGCGUGUGGAGCAGGUGCGCUCGCAGUGCGAGGACCUCGAAGCCCGCUUCCGGGAACUGCGCGGGCAGCUGGAGAAACUCAAGGCUGACAUCCGAAGCCUCUUCACCAAGGCCAACUGCGACCGCACUGCCAUCGAUGACCUCCUCGGGGCCAAGACGCACCUGCGGGACCGGGACCUGACCCUGUACCUGGGCAUCAUUGAGAAGCGGCUGGUGGAGCUCCUGACCGUCCAGGCCUUCCUGGACACGCAGGGCUAUACCUCCUUGGCCGAUGCUGCCCUGAUGGUGCUGGGCCAGAGCUUGGAGGACCCCCCCAAGAAGAUCAUCCCGUUGCAGCUCCCUGACAGCCUGGAGGACCCGCCAGGCCUGGUGGUCAAAGAUGACCACCCCAUGAGUAAGGAGGAGAUUCUGAGCCAAGUGGUGAAGUCGGUGGAGCAGCGGGAGCUGGCGCAGGAGCAGCUGCAGAAGGAGCUGGCAGAGGCCGUGAAGAGGGAGGAGAGCACCCCGAACCUCACCGGCGCCAGGAGCACCAGCUCCCGCCUCUCCCUGGGGCCCCCCAGGAAGCCUGACGGGGUCCCCAGCUCCAUCCUGACCCAGAGGACUAGCAGAAGCCGCGGUGGCGGCACAGGCUCUAUGAGCCGCGUCACUUUCGGCGUCACCGACUCCGGUCCGGGGCGCCUGUCCAGCGGCACCACCUUCCGGGAACGCAGCUCCAGCGCAGGCCCGGGGCCCCGGGCGUCCACCAGCGCUAGCGGCGCCCAGGCCUCCAGCCAGGCCUCGAGUCGGGGCCACGUGACCUUCAGGCCCGUCAGCCCCAGCAGCUACCUGGGCUCCACGGGCUAUGCAGAGUCCAGCCGUGGCCAGGGCAGCCACAGCCCCGGGUCUGAGCUGAGCAGAGGCCUCGGCUCCAGCCGGGACCAUGCGCCCAGCCCUGGCCGGGUCUCCAGCACUGGCCCCGGCUCCUCCAGCACCAGAGACCCCCGCUGCGACUUGUAGGGGCG